AUGACGGCGGUGGCGUCCGGCACGGCGGAAGAGGGUGGCGCGGCGGCGGUGGCUGCUGUUCGGAGGAAGGGAGGGAAAGGUAGGGGUAAUGGGGGUAGGGGUGGUGACGGGGCGGCGGCGGUGGGUGGUGGUGGCGCGGCGUGGGCAGUGGCGGUUAGAGGGGAAGAAGAAGAAAGAAGAAGAGAGAAGGGAGAAGGAGGAAGGGGGUUGGGUGGCGGCGGGGUCUGGGUGGUCGGCGGCGUCUGGCGGUGGCGUGGUGGUGGCUGGUCUAAGUCGUUGGAUCGUGAUGCAAUGAUGGCGGAGACCUUUAAGUAA